AUGCCGGAGUCAGAUAUUCUCUCGGCCAUUCAGGAGGGUCGCUUGUCUCUGGCCAAGGUAGACUUGGAAAGGCUUCUCAAACGGUUCCCGAACAAGUCGUACUAUUGGGCGUUGAACUGCUACCUUCUCUAUGCUCAAGGACGACUUUCUCAGGCCACUUCCCAGUGUAAAGAGCUAGCUCAAAAAGUUCCAAGCGACGUACAUGCCUUGUCUGUGCUUUAUGACGUAUACGUGAAGUUGGGCUUGUCGAAAGAGGCAGGUCAAUUGUACGAGAGAGCCAUCAAGAAGUACCCAACAAGGGAAUUGAUCGAGGCUUACCUCGAGAAAUCCUUGGAUAACUUCGAUUCCUCGGGAAUGCAGAAAGCGUCGAUGCAGUUGCUCAAGAAUUUUAAGUCUACGAGAGAAUAUGCCUACAGAGCUGCCAUCACUUGCUACUUCAUGAGUACACGAGGCACAGACAAAGAAAGAACCCUUUACCUUGGAUUGGGCACUGGCAUUGUUGAGAAAAUGGCACCUCAUGAAAAUAACCAGGAAAUUUUCGUUCACGCCAAGCUCUUGCAUGUUCAAGAGAGAUUCGCUGAAGUCGUAAAUCUAAUUGAGCCCUUACAACACAGAGACUUGGAGCUUUUGCUCUUGUAUCGUGACAGCUUGGAAAAGUCCGAGAAUUGGCAACAACUUUACGACGAAUCUUAUAAACUCUUGUUUGAGUUAAACUUUAAUGACUUCAGCACAUGGAAGCAUCUUAUUUACUCCGCAACUAAGCUCGAGAAGUCUUACGAGGAGGUGUCAAAACUGAUUUCUCUUGAUAACCGAAAUGCAUACUUCGCUAAAAUUUAUUUAGCAACGGCAUAUGGCUUAAAUCAGCUUGAGACUCUUGAAAACUUUUACCUCAAAUUUCAAGACAAGCCCUCAUGCGCAGUUGACCUCCUCAACUUUCAUUUACCGAGCCCUCUUCUAGACAAGAUACACACAGACUACAAGGGCCUCAUUGAAAAACCGGCAUUCUCUUCUAAACAAGCGAUUCACCUUGUCAAUUGUAUCAAAAUCUUGUUGCCUUCUAAAAGGCUUCACUUGAAUGAGAUCGAUCUUCUGAUGUUCCCCAACCCUGAGCUUAUUGAUUUGCAUCUCGUGAAAAUGAUUGAGUCUUUGAGAGCAGACUCUUCAAGUGACAAUAUCGUCAAGUAUAUUAUCACACUCGAAGAAUACAAAGUCAGAGAUCCGGAGAAUUUCAAGGUGAAAGUUUGGCUACUCAACUUUUACACUGCCAUUGGUGCCACACCACUGGCGAUCAAGGUGUACAAAGAUCUCAGAAUCAAAAUGAUCCAGCAAGAUACACUUCUGCAUAAGCUUGAUUUGUUGCCCUCUGUUGGUAACUUGAGUGAGCUUAUCAAUACUUACAGAUUUUACAUGACAGCAGAUGGUGAAGUCCGUCCUUACGUUCGGAAUGCUCUUCAAAAGAGCCUAUACACCAAAGUAGAAGACUUUUUCAAAUUUGGCGAGCGUCUUACACACUCGUUACUGAGACACUUGUUGACUUUGCGCAUCCUCAAAACCUCGAGAAUGCUUGGUAAUGACUAUUAUAAUUAUUUUUACAGGCUAAUGAGAGACAACAAGGCUUCUAUUCUUAGUGAUAACUUCGUGUUGCAUGACAACAGAGACUUUACGUCCGAAUACAAUCUUGGUGUCGAAAUCCCGCAACUUGAUCUUCUCGAAUAUGAGAGAAGAAAAGGAACGGAAUAUGUCAAGUUAAAUUACCUUAAAGAGCUUCUUAUAGCCGAGAAGGAUCCAAACGAAAUCGAAAAGUUGAUCAAGCUCUUCAAUAAGUGGAUCAGCAGUCCAGAAUACAUCUCGCAAUUGAGCAAAUUUGAGGGGCAUCUCGUUAAGCUAUACUACAGCAUCUUCAAGUUGGCCAAAUUAAAAGAAUUUAAGGAUAAGGAUCUGGUAACUAAAUUCCUUUUGAAAAACUUGAACAUGAACAAGAUCGAUGCCAACUUUCUUCAAAAAACUCAGCCAAUCUCUGCUGAAAGGCAGCGUAUUUUCUUGGAUACAUUCGAGCUCAUCAAGGUCGUGCAACUUUUGAUUAAUGACAAGAGCAUCACCGAUGCUGCUGGAAAGAUGCAAAUAGAUAUGGUAAGUUUAUUGAGCGUCAAGCCACAAUUGCUGCCUGAGAUCAAACUGAGCUUGAAACUCCAACAUGAGUUUGUGAGCGAUCAGUUCGAUGCCAUCAAUGACGCUCUCAAGCUUUCAUCAUUGAAACUCUAA